GGCAAAACAAGUUUCUUAAACCCUACAUUAACCCUAUAAACAAAUAUGAAGCCUCCUCCAUACUGUGAUCUCUGUAAAAAUCAUGUCUUUUUCGAUUCUAAGCACAUGGGUGUUUUCAAAACCCUCAAAUUCUUCUGCGGAUGUUCUUUCUUUUCGAUUUCAGCAAAACCUCUGUCGUUUUUCGUCACCCUUAAACCGAGUCUCCUCCCAAAACUUGCCAGUCAAUCCCAUUCAUUGUCGUUUCGGCGAGCUCCGCGACCGACUCAACACUGUUAAAAGUGCACAGAAAAUCACCGAAGCAAUGAAGCUUGUAGCUGCCGCGAAGAUCCGGCGAGCUCAAGAAGCCGUCAUCAAUUCAAGACCAUUCACUGAAUCCCUUGUCGAAUUCCUAUACUCGAUCAAUCAACAUCUCCAAUUAGAAGACAUUGAAUUUCCUUUAACAGCUGUUAGACCCGUGAAGAAAGUUGCCCUGGUUGUGGUAACCGGCGAUAGGGGUCUCUGCGGUGGUUUCAACAAUGCGGUGAUAAAAAAAGCCAAUAACAGAAUCAAAGAAUUGCAGGAACUAGGUCUAGGAUACACUGUGAUUAGCGUAGGAAAAAAGGGUAAUGCUUAUUUUAGGCGCAAGGAUAAUGUUUUCGUUGAUGGAUUCGUUGAAGGAGUAGGUUUUCCUACUGCAAAAGAAGCACAAGCAAUCGCAGAUGAUGUCUUUUCACUUUUUAUAAGCGAAGAGGUUGACAAAGUUGAGAUUGUGUACACCAAGUUUGUUUCACUCGUUAAAUCCAAUCCAGUAAUCCGGACUCUUCUGCCAUUAUCACUGAAAGGAGAGGCUUUUAAUGUGAAUGGGAAGUGUGUUGACGCCAUGGACGAUGAGCUCUUCAGGCUGACAUCAAAGGAAGGGAACCUGGAUUUGAAGAGGGAGAGAGUGAAAGCUAAAAGAGUGGAGAUUUCACCUCUUAUGGAAUUCGAGCAAGACCCAGUUCAGAUUCUUGACGCCAUGAUGCCAUUGUAUCUGAACAGUCUGAUUCUGCGGGCGUUGCAGGAAUCAUUGGCGAGUGAGCUCGCGGCAAGGAUGAGUGCCAUGAGUAAUGCAACUGAUAAUGCAGUGGAGUUGAAGAAGAGUCUCACUAUUGCUUUUAAUCAACAACGGCAGGCGAAAAUUACAGGGGAGAUUUUGGAGAUUGUUGCUGCAGCUGAGGCACUUGAAAAGCUUUGACCUUUUGAUUGAUUGUUUAUAAACCAUGGAUUUGAUUAUGGUGAUUGCUCGGUGUAUGACUCAGAUUGGAGAAUUCUCUGGCUGUAUUAAAAAUGGUUAUAAUUCUUGUUAACUAUAUGUGGGUUAAUGAGACUCCAUACAAUCUUCUGUAAACAUCUUAGUAGGAAUUGUCUGCUCCAUUGCUGCUAAAACAA